AUGCCGGGCGACCUACAGCCACCAAAGAUAGGGCAAAAGCCGCACCUUAUUGACAGAUUACAGACCCCCAAAGAUAUCACCGGAGGACCUAGGCCUCCACGGAGACAGCAUUCGUCACGCUUUGAUAUCUCAGACCAACGCCAGAGGGAACUAGAGAAACUUCCUGGGUUUCAUGAAGUACCACCAAACCGGCGACAAGACUUGUUCAUGCAGAAAAUCGACCAGUGCAACAUUAUUUUUGAUUUCAACGAUGCAACGGGAGAUAUGAAAUCUAAAGAAAUCAAACGACUUGCUCUCCAUGAGCUGCUCGACUAUGUUGCCAACAAUCGGUCGGUCAUCACAGAACCUAUGUACCCCAAGGUGGUGGAAAUGUUCAGUAAAAACCUGUUCCGACCGAUCCCCCCUCCGGUUAACCCUCAAGGAGAUGCAUUCGACCCGGAAGAAGACGAGCCUGUGCUAGAGGUAGCAUGGCCUCACAUUCAGGUUGUCUAUGAAUUCUUCCUCAGAUUCAUUGAGAGUCAAGAUUUCAGCACCAACAUCGCCAAAGCAUAUAUCGACCACCAAUUUGUUUUGCAGGUAAGAUUUCCUCCCCAUGCCAUGGCGUACAGUCGUUACAGAACUAAUUCCUCUUCUAGCUACUUGAACUAUUUGAUUCUGAAGAUCCCAGAGAGCGUGACUUUUUGA